AUGAUGUUAGUUGUUUAUGAAACUCAGACUGGUGGUAUGGUAGUCUCUAUUCUUACAUUUAGACGUGAUUUUGGAUAUUAUUUCGAAGGUGAUUAUGUUUUAGAUAAUAAAUGGCAGUCAGCAAUUUCUGGUGGCCCCAGUGGAUCUGUUGUAAUAGAUAGGUUUGUAGGCUCCUUUAUGGCAGAUUCAAUCGGUAGAAAGCUCACGCUUUUAAUCGCAGUUGGAGCGACAAUUGGAUUUAUCGUUCUUGAGUACGUUUCCACUACGAUUGAGGUAUUCUUUGCUGGAAUGUUCUUAAAUGCACUCUCUCUAGGAAUUAUUGCUGCAGUAUCUACGUCUUUGGUUGCUGAUAUUAUCCCUUGA